GAACCGAGCCGCGCCGAUAGCCAUCCGGCCCCGGCUCCGGCUCCGGUGCGCGACCCCGGCGGGCGGCGCGGCCCGGUGGGCCCUGCGGCGCUGCAGCCCAUGGAGCUCGAGAACAUCGUAGCGAACACGGUGCUACUCAAGGCCCGGGAAGGUGGUGGAGGAAAUCGUAAAGGCAAAAGCAAGAAAUGGCGGCAGAUGCUACAGUUCCCCCACAUCAGCCAGUGUGAAGAGCUUCGGCUUAGCCUGGAGCGUGACUACCACAGCUUAUGUGAAAGGCAGCCCAUAGGUCGCCUGCUGUUCCGGGAGUUCUGUGAGACACGUCCGGAGCUGACACGCUGCAUCGCCUUCCUUGAUGGGGUGGCUGAGUAUGAAGUGACCCCUGAUGAGAAGCGGAAGGCGUGUGGGCGGCGGUUAAUGCAGAAUUUCCUGAGCCACACGGGUCCUGACCUCAUCCCUGAGAUUCCCCGGCAGCUGGUGACAAACUGCACUCAGAGGUUGGAGCAGGGGCCCUGCAAAGACCUCUUCCAGGAGCUCACGCGGCUGACCCACGAAUACCUGAGUAUGGCCCCUUUUGCAGACUACCUCGACAGCAUCUACUUCAACCGUUUCCUGCAGUGGAAGUGGCUGGAAAGGCAGCCAGUGACCAAAAACACCUUCAGGCAGUACCGAGUCCUUGGCAAAGGAGGCUUUGGGGAGGUAUGUGCCUGCCAGGUUCGAGCAACAGGCAAGAUGUACGCCUGCAAGAAGCUAGAGAAGAAGCGCAUCAAGAAACGGAAAGGCGAGGCCAUGGCACUCAACGAGAAGCAGAUCCUGGAGAAAGUGAACAGUAGGUUUGUAGUGAGCCUGGCCUAUGCUUACGAGACCAAGGAUGCCCUCUGUCUGGUGCUGACACUGAUGAACGGGGGUGACCUCAAAUUCCACAUCUACCACAUGGGCCAGGCAGGCUUCCCUGAGGCGCGAGCUGUCUUCUACACUGCCGAGAUCUGCUGUGGCCUGGAGGAUCUGCACCGGGAGCGCAUCGUGUACAGGGACCUGAAGCCUGAGAACAUCCUCUUGGAUGACCACGGCCACAUCCGCAUCUCUGACCUGGGGCUUGCUGUACAUGUACCUGAAGGCCAGACCAUCAAAGGCCGAGUGGGCACUGUGGGCUACAUGGCUCCAGAGGUGGUGAAGAACGAACGGUACACAUUCAGUCCAGACUGGUGGGCACUUGGCUGCCUGCUGUACGAGAUGAUUGCGGGCCAGUCACCUUUCCAGCAGAGGAAGAAGAAAAUUAAGCGAGAAGAGGUGGAGCGGUUGGUGAAAGAAGUUCCCGAGGAGUACUCUGACCGCUUUUCCUCACAAGCCCGCUCACUCUGCUCCCAGCUCCUCUGCAAGGAUCCAGCCGAGCGUUUGGGCUGUCGUGGGGGCAGCGCCCGAGAGGUGAAGGAGCACCCCCUCUUUAAGAAGUUGAACUUCAAGCGUCUGGGAGCUGGCAUGCUGGAGCCGCCCUUCAAGCCUGAUCCCCAGGCCAUUUACUGCAAGGAUGUUCUGGACAUCGAGCAGUUCUCCACAGUGAAGGGGGUGGAGCUGGAGCCCACUGACCAAGACUUCUACCAGAAGUUUGCCACAGGCAGCGUACCCAUCCCUUGGCAAAACGAGAUGGUAGAGACCGAGUGCUUCCAGGAGCUGAAUGUCUUUGGGCUGGAUGGCACGGUGCCCCCAGACUUGGACUGGAAGGGCCAACCACCUGCACCCCCAAAGAAGGGCCUGCUACAGAGACUCUUCAGCCGCCAGGAUUGCUGCGGGAACUGCAGUGACAGUGAGGAAGAGCUCCCCACCCGUCUCGAGUUCCCCACCCACCUCUAGCCCCCAGUUUGAGCCCCCCAUCAGUGGUUGGCGGUAGCAGCUACUCCGAAUGCUGUUUACAGUUUUGCACAGUGGUCUUCCCUGUUGUCCACUCAAGUUGUGGCUGGGGGGGACACAGCCUGAACUGUCCCCAGUGCCCACUGUCUCUCAGCCCUGGGCCUGGCUGAGUCUGGCAAGGCCUGGGUUGUCCUUGGGACAAAGGUGCGUCCCUUCAGCUCUUCUCUGCAGAGCUUCGGGGCUUUCUGUAUUUAUGUAUUUGUAUGAAUGUAUAUAGAAACCAGAGCAUUCUUAAUACCCAACCUGGGCCUGGCGCCCUAGCCUCAGCUCCCUGGAGCAUCCAGCACUGGCCUGGGAGAGCCGAAAGCUGGCAGAGGAGCCACUGCCAAACUCAAGGCUCCUCAGACCCAGCUUGGGUGAGGUGGGCCAGAUCCCUGAGCCCCAACACUGUGCUCGCCACUGAAGACCUCUGAGUGAGAAUUGUGCCUGCCUUUGCUGCCCUGGGCCCAGCCACCCCAUUUUGGGGCUCACUGCUGCCCUUUCUCAAUGCUUAUCAGAGCUGGACUGAGGCCUUUGCUCCCCUAGGCCUGUGCCAAAGGAUGGCCAGUGAGAUUGGGCUGACCCUGGGACUCUAGUCCACUGCCCAGGCUGUCCCAGAUGUGUCUGCCUCCGCCUUCCGGCUCCCAGGGUGCCUCCUCCCUUAUGCUGGGCCCUGCCCUGAAGAUACUUCUUUCAGAAACGCCCCAGCCCAGGCCAUGUCUGUUGUCCCUGGCCGACCCUCAAACAUUCCGCCUUCCUUCAUAACAAUAGACACACAUGCCCAGCAA